UAAAGAGAAUAGUGCCCAAUAGUGUUCAAAGCAACUGAAAGCAACGGGCAGAGUCGACUGAUUUUUAUCGACGAUUCCCGUUUUUAUUCCCUCCUUAUAGCAAGCCCAAGACUCGAGUAAAAUGUGAAAAGGCGAGCGUUGGAUUGAGGAGGAAUCCACGAUGGUUCGCGGGUAAGUCGUCCGGCUGCGGGACCAGGAGUUCCUGGAUAAAUUCCUCGCAUUCCGAAGCUGGUCCAGGUCGAGCAGAGCGCAGCAUCCAGGUUAAGAAUGUCACUUUUGUGAUCGCUCGUCAAUGACAUGCGAGGAAUGCGGAACGAGUCAAAGACCAAAAAUAUUCAACAGGUGUGUCCGAGGAGAGGAUUUCCUGGAAUUAUGUAUCCGAUACCAUACACAAAUGAUUCGAUUAGAUAGAAUCAAUUGAUGAGGUAACAAAAGGACGCCGAGUGGUCCAAAUGGGCAACGGAGGCCCAUUAUGGCCCAGCAUCGGCAAGGACGACAUCAAUACGAGUUCCUGCCACUAUGUGAUGUGCUCUUCAACAUAAUCUCCCUAGCUUCGUACUUCUGCGACGUGGUUUUCGACCUAGCCAUGGGUUACGCCCUAGCGCAUCAUCCAGCAACGCCACCGGUCUUGUUUCCACUGAGCAUUGCGCUGGUGGUGGUUUCUCUCUUUGUAUCGCAGGUAGUUAGCGUGAGAUGGUAUCUAUGGGGAGCACGGGGGAAAUUAACAGGCAAUGCUAUAACUGCUGAACGUGACCCCGAUCAGGGGAAGAAAACGAGAGGCUGGGCAAUCGGUUGUGUGUUGCUCCUUCAUUCCGCCCAAAUAGGAGUCCUUUGGCGGUACUUCAAGCUGUUUAUUCCUGUCGAUUUAACCUACGUUAAGCAUGAGGUGCGAGAGCUCUGUGUGCUUCGAUUGAUCCAUGCCUUCUGCGAAGCUGCACCGAUGUUGUUGCUACAAUUGUAUCUGCUGUCGUGUGGAAUAACUAAUGAUGGCGAAGUAGUGGGAGAUGUAAAGACGACAGAAGGGAGAGACAAUGACAAAUUGGCAGAGUUGACAGCGGUCUCCGCAGGACUGUCAUUGUGGAGCGUUUGCUGGGCUGUGGCGAGCUUCAGUAAAGGUGCAGCUCGCCUUCGCAAUCUGGAACGUUUGGUGCUAACGUGGCUUGGUGUGCUGGCCCAACUGGCAUGGCGUUUAGGAACUGUCAGUGCUCGUGUCGGAGCACUAGUUGCAUAUGCUUCGCUCUACGGUGGCCAAUGGCUACUAGUCGUGCUGGCUCUGCACUGGCUUUCGAUGUUGACCUGGCUUCUGGUCACACCGGAUGGAUUGUUCCACGGUGGUGAACGACUACCUCUGACCCGGAAGGCUUUUCUUGCGUCUCUUCUGGCUUUUGUCUACGUCUUCGCUUACGUUAACCUACACGAGACGAAUCAUCGACAGAAGAUGAUCAUAUUUUACACCGUGAUGUUCCUAGAGAACAGUCUGUUGAUCGGAGUAUGGGCUGUAGGUGUGAACAGGAGCGAUCAACAUCCUCUUCAUCAUCACCCACGACCGGUUACUCUCAUCCUGACGCUAUUAGCUCUCUUUUUCGGGGGUUUAUUUUUUAUGGGAUUAUAUUACAGGUUCUUCCACGUGAGACGCCUCAGAUACGAGGCAGGUGGGAGGAUGAACGCAGCGAACGUUGUAACCACGUUAUCGAAGCAGGACACUUCCGAUGGGAAGCAACUGGAUUACAACAACGAGAAGAAGGUCAACGUAAACGCAGGAGUUAGGAGGGUGAAGCUGAGCAACGGUGGGAUCCCAGGAGUGUUCAAUUGUCGUUUCGCGAAUCCCGCCGUGACGAGUCCUAACAGAAAGAAGAAGAAGCCGACGACCUUCGUGCCUCCACCACCUCCUCAGCCUCAGGCGACAUCGGUGACGAUGGCCGCAAUGGGCGAGACGAGACAAUGGCUCAAUGGCAGCGGAGGUUCUCGUCAGCUCAUCCCUUUUUGGAGAAGGCCGAUGUCUUGCUCGAGCAUUACACAGGACGACGCCAGUGAGCGAAAGAACGAGGCCGACGUCGGCAUCGGAGGGUCCCUCAGUGUCAAUCUUAUAAGAGAGAAACUGCGGGAGAAGAAGCAACAGCAACUCCGGGAGCUUAGAGCCAUUCAGGAGGAGAUCAAGGAGGGGAAGCUGGUCCCACCUCCGUCCGCGUCUACCUCGUCCUUUUCGUCGUCUCCUUCGGCGUCGAAUCAACAGCCUCCGCCGAAUACGAAGCUCCACACCUCCCCGAGUUCCCCGUUGUCCGCGUCUCCUGCCUCUCUUCCGGAUCCCGACGAAGGUGACACCGUGUCUUCGUGGCCUCCCAUCAAGAUGCAUUGCCUGUUGCCUCCUCCUCCGUCCUCGCCUUAUUAUCCGACCUCGCAUCCCUCGAAUCCGUGGAAGACCCCUCAGAGGGAGAGGGCUGACACCCCGGAGAUCUUGUUGGCUCCUCGAUGUCUUCCUCAUCAUUAUCCGCAUUGGACUCCUCCAGGACACCUGAACCACAGGAUGAGGUCGAGUCAAAAUGGCGAGGAGGAGAGCUCGAAGGGCGAAGGCGAAGGCGAAGCUGAGAUCAGCGACAUGGAAGGAAGUCAGGUCUCGCUGCCAAGGAGUUACACGUUACCCCGGGAAUUUAAGUACAAUCAUUCCAAUAAUGCUAUCAGAGAUAGAGAGCGUCGAGGCGGUAGCAGUAAGCUACUUCCCUCUCGCUUCUAUUUGCCCUCGACCAACAGCUCGGAUGGAGACGUGGACAGCGCGGACAACGAGGAGGAAACCGACUCCGAGAUCCAUCAUCGUGGUAAAGCGGAUCAUGGCCACGUACAUGAUGAAAUUCACCAUAGACGGUGCACCUUCGAAAACGAGGACGCCAUUGAUCCGCCGAACCCUAAUCCUAACAUAGAGAUUCUGUCCCCGUCUGUCGUUAACUCCUCGGGUUGCUACAUGAGCAACGCUUAUGGUGUACUUAGACCUAAUCAGUUACUGAGACCGAAGGUGAAGCACGAAACGAAGCUAUGAAUCCGUCCCAAGUGCCGAUGGCUUUUACCAUUCGACUGCUAACGUAAUAGUACUUCCAACGCAAGCUGACGAGGUUGAAAGUAACGAUACCAAUGUCCUGACUCUAAUUAGAACUUGUAAUGAACGACCGGCCAUGAGUACUUAACGCGCACGGAAAAUCCGCAGGGUCAUUCAAGUGUGGUAUAAUUUUCUCGAAAAAAGUGGGCCCUAGAUCGUGCCUCGGUAACGAUGCCUAAAUUAAGAUAACCUUUCAACGGAGACAAGGUUUCUUUCCUCUAAUGAGGAGAACUCCCAUUUGUACCAUGACACUGCCGUGCGGCACACAUUCGAAUGACUCUAACUCCUUCGCGUAAUGUAAUUAACAAAUUAUAGUCUAUUCUAUUAUUUAAGAAACCACUCGCGUUCUUUUGUAUCUUUGUAAAUAAACAUCUUCCAAGGAGA